AUGAUUAGUGAAGAUGGGACAAAUGUUGAUCAAAGAGGGAAAUGCAAUCUGUUGGUGACACAAAUGCAAUCAUUUGACUUCACAUUUUGUUUGUUUUUAAUGAGACAAGUGUUGGGUGUGACAAAUGAUUUAUCACAAGCAUUACAGAGAAAUGAUCAAGAUAUUGUCAAUUCUAUGGAUUUAGUGAAGGCAAGCAAACAACAACUACAAAGAAUGAGAGAGGAAGAAUGUGAAUGGGAUAAUUUCCUUCACAAGGUCUAUUCUUUUUGUGACAAGCAUGGUAUCAAGAUUUCGGAUGUGAAUGAUCUUUUUGUUGCUCAUGGGAAAUCACAUCAUAGGGCUGAAAAGUUAACGACCCUUCAUCAUUAUCAUUAUCGAGUGGAUGUCUUUUAUUCUGUGAUUGAUAGACAACUUUCAGACUUGAAUGAUCGAUUUAAUGAGGUAAAUUAUGAGCUUCUGAUUUGUGUUUCAAGUUUAAGUCCAGAUGAUUCAUUUGUUGCUUUUGACAAGCAAAAGUUAAUUCGUCUUGCUAAAUUUUAUCCAAGAGAUUUUUCUGAAAGAGAUGUGUUAUCACUUGAAGACAAGCUUGAUAUUUAUGUUAAUAAUAUGCGAUCCAACAAUGAUUUUUCUGAACUGAAAGGGAUCAGUAGUCUUGGAAAAAAUUGGUGGAGACAAGAAAACACAUAA